CGAAAUAAAAAAAAUUCCUUGAUCCAAAAGUAUUGAGGUUACGACUUCGCGGUGAAAAUAUUUUAUUAAAUAUUUUAGUAUCAUAACAAUAGAUGUUUCAAAUUUUACUGAUGCACGUUUAUCAGAAUUGAUUCUUUUGAAAUAUUUUUGCCCUUUGAAAUUGAAGGAUUGAAUUCUCAAAACAAUCUUCAUACGAAAUUUCGUAAGAAUAAAUCAUUCUGAAACGUUGAGAAACGUUCUGAACGUCUAAAAUGACAUACCAUUUCAUAUAUAGAAAAUUUAAUUGACUGACCCUGUAUUUAAUGAGGUUUCUGAAUCAUCGAAUGAACAGAUAUUUCUACGAUAAUUCUUCAGACUUUACUCGGAACGCAGCGCAGUCAUACAUCGAAGCUGUUCGCAUCGACUCUUUAUAAGAGGAUGUCCUUGUCAAUUUCUACUUCAUUGUCAAAGUAGAUAUCUGUGGUUGCUCGUGAUUUCCGGGGAUUCCCCUUUUCAUAUUAUUCUGUGAUAUAUAAAGUGAAGAGUGAGGUAUUUGCAGAAAAACUGCCGAGUAAUAAUCAUGUUGAAACUUGAAGACUAUAUAAGUGAAAGAAACAGAAUUCUGAAGAAGGAACAAAACCUCUUUCUGGGGUCAACAUUAGAACUAAAUGAGAAAGAAAGUAAGUUGGAUUCGCACAUUAUCCAGCUCAAGUGCGAUGAACUCGAUGUAUCAUAUCAGAAUAGUGAAGAUUUCAUUCCGAGAAGACAUUUUUUCAAGUGCAAGAAUGAGAUUGAAAACUCGAAGAUUUUUAAAAUUUUGAGGGAUCUACCCAAAGGAAAUUCACUUCAUACCCAUUUACUAGCAUCUGUAUCUAUUGAUUUUAUUAUUAAGAAUAUUACGUACCGAGAUAAUGCUUAUGGAAAAGUUAUUAACAGUGUGUUCAAAAUCAAAUUUUUGAAGCGAGAAGAUGCAGAAAAAGAUGGAUGGGUAUCUCUGAAAGAAAUGAGAAGUAAACAACUAAACUUCGACGAUUGGCUUGAGAAACAACUUAGCUUAAUAGUUGACUGUCCUCAAGAUUCUUACCCAUCCCUAGAAUCUGUGUGGAAAAAAUUCAAAGGAACAUUUUCAGCUGUGUAUGACAUGCUUUGCUAUAAACCAGCAUUCGAAGAAUAUUAUUAUCAAUCACUCAAAGAGCUUUUCGAAGAUAAUAUAAUGUAUGGUGAAUUUAGAGCUACUCCAAUGCCACUUUAUGACUUAGAAGGAACCCAUUACAAGACUGAAGACUUUUUUGAAUCCAUGUUAAAGGUAGAGAAGAAGUUUAAAAAAGAUCACAAAGAUUUUAUAGGAGCUCGCUACAUACACUCCGUAUAUAGAAGAAUAUCUUCCGACGAUCUCAAAAAAGAUUUAGAAGAAAUUAUCCUGAUGAAAGCUAAAUUUCCGAAACUAAUUGUUGGAUUAGACUUUGUGGGAUUUGAAGACGAAGGUUAUAGCUUGUUGAAUUUCUACAAUGAUUUGGUCAGUGUUAGAGAAAAGUUGGAUUUCUUCUUCCACGCCGGUGAAACCAAUUGGUUCGGUCAUACUGACAGCAACUUGGUAGAUGCCAUCCUGAUGAAGUCCAGGAGAAUCGGUCAUGGUUUCGCCCUUUCUAGACAUCCUCAGCUCAUGAGUUUAGUGCGGGAACAGAACAUAGCCAUAGAGGUUUGUCCGAUUUCGAAUCAAGUUCUUCUUCUCAAUGAGGAUCCAAGGAAUCAUCCUGCUGUGCCUUUGCUAUCUCAAGGAUUUCCAGUGGUUAUUUGUAGUGAUGAUCCUGCAACUUGGGGGGCAUCUGGACUUAGUUACGAUUGGUAUGUCGCAUUUAUGGCAAUGACACCGAAGGAUUGUGGGUUGAAAGUAUUGAAGCAAUUUGCUUUGAAUUCGAUACAGUUCAGUGCACUUGAUGACGUUGAUAAAAAGGAGGCUAUGGAUGUAUGGACCAAGCGUUGGGAUGACUUUAUUUCGAAAAUGCUGAUCAACCUUUAGAUUUUUGUUUAUCAUACGAUUUGAAUAUUAGGUAGAUAUUACUUUUUUCCAUAUUUAGAUAAGAUUGUAUCCAAUUAAUAUGGAUUUCGAUAGAAUGAUAUCUGAUAGAAAAAAUUUAUACCUAAUUUCUUUAUCGAACCGAUGUAUGAUUAUUUCAUUCUUUUAUGAAAUAAAAACAAUUUUUUAAUCAAUAAACAGGAUCGAAGGUGUAAAUCUUUUA